UUUCUCCAUUUCUCUUAUCUUCUCUCUGCAAAACGCAAUUUCCCAAUCACGCUUCGCAUUUUCAUUUCGCAAUUUUCCUUUUCCCCUCUUUUUUCGCGUUUCACCGCAAAUUUGAUCGAUUAACGUAUCUGGUGAAAUUUCAGCUUACAUUGCAAACUUGUCUCAACUCGAUUCACUUUUCUGAUUUGAGAUUAUAAAGACUUAGUGGAAGGGGAAGCUGAAGUUGAAGGAGUUGAGGAGAAAACAAAGAGAGUAGGAGGUUGAGGUACUCAAGAAAGUUUUGGUUUUUUUGAAUUGGGGGCUUGAUGCCAAUGGUGGAUACUGUUGUGUAUGCUAGAAACAGUCAGCUGUUGCUUCAUAAGGUGACAUUCUAGUAUUGGAAAGGGCCAGACUCCAUGAUGAUUAUUUAUUGUUGAUUUGUUUCUACACACUGGCAAUCCUUAAGUCUGACAGAUGGCUGCUAGUAAUGAAGAAGAGAAGACAGAGGACUACCUUUUCAAGAUUGUUUUAAUUGGUGAUUCAGCUGUUGGGAAAUCAAAUUUACUUGCACGAUUUGCCAGGGAUGAGUUUUAUCCUAAUUCAAAGUCAACCAUAGGAGUAGAGUUCCAAACUCAGAAGAUAGAUAUUAAUGGAAAGGAAGUUAAAGCACAAAUAUGGGACACAGCUGGGCAGGAGAGGUUCAGAGCGGUUACAUCUGCAUAUUAUAGGGGUGCAGUUGGAGCUCUUCUGGUGUAUGACAUCAGCAGGCGCCAAACGUUUGAUAGCAUAGGCCGAUGGCUUAAUGAACUUCACACUCACUCUGACAUGAACGUUGUGACAAUACUUGUGGGGAACAAGUCAGAUCUUAAAGAUGCAAGGGAGGUGGAAACCGCUGAAGGCAAGACCUUAGCUGAGGCACAGGGUUUGUUCUUCAUGGAGACAUCAGCUCUUGACUCAUCAAAUGUAGCAGCUGCUUUUGAAACAGUUGUAAAGGAGAUUUACAACAUCCUAAGUCGAAAGGUUAUGAUGUCUCAAGAGCUCAGCGGCAAAGAGGAUGUUUCCCGAAUUGAAAAUGGAAAGACUGUUGUACUACAAGCAGAAGGGGGGAGCCCAGAGGUAGCAGAGGGGGCGGCGCCGGCAGAUGCCGCGGCCCAAAAAAAGGGAUGUUGUUCAUCUUAGGUUUUGAUAAUGUGUCGGCUCCAAAACCGAGUUUUUAUUAUAAUUAUUCAACCAAUCCUGAAAAAGUAACUGUUAUUCAGGAUUUAUCUUUAAAUGUUAACCGGGAGAUUUUGGAGUAGAAAUUGCUAAUGGCAUUGGGAAGAUAGAAAAUCAGUGCAACUGUUUCGUAUAAUGAGACUGGAAAAAUACAUUGAUGUGACAAAUUGGUGUUGCUCAUAGUGAGAAGUCACUAAAAUGUCCAAAAUUUACUUUAUUUUA